AUUUUUUGUGUAUAUAUGUUUUAUAUAUAUAAAUAUCACAGCAGUAUUACUAAUUGUUAUAAUAAUACAAUCGACAACUUUCGAAAAAAAAAAAAUAUUACUUGUUAUUUUGAUUUAACAGCGUCAAAUUCUAUUAAAAAAUUGGAAGAAAAAGAAUUAACAGAAAUAUCACAAAUAAAUAAUCACAUUUUUUUUGUUGAGACGUCAUGUUCUGAAGACGAAAUAUUUCUAAAUCCUCGACAAGCAUGUGCUGUUGAAUCAGCGGCAAAAAUGAACCCAGAAAUGGAAAUUUAUUUAUUAAUCCUGAGUUCUGCCAAUUUCUCCAAUAAAACGAAGAAUCUUGUUAAUCAUCUUCAAACUUAUAAUAAUGUCAACAUUCGCAAAGUGAUUAUAGGAGAAUAUGUAAAGAAUACAAUUUUGGAACAAUGGUGGGCAAGUGGUAUUUUUCAAUCUAGUCAAUGGCCAAAAGAACACAUGUCUGACGUUUUAAGAUAUCUUACUCUCUUAAAAUUUCCAGGAAUUUAUUUGGACCUUGAUAUGGUGACAAUGUCGUCUUUGAAGUAUUUAGAAGAUUUUGCUGUGGCACAAGAUUCAAAUUAUGUUAAUUCAGCAAUUUUGAAGCUAUCUGCAUCAAAUAUUGGACGAAGAAUAGCUUCUCUGUGUUUAGAAUACCUUACGAAAAAUUUCCAAGGUGAUUCAUGGUUCAACAAUGGGCCGGGAGUCAUAACUAAUAUUUUACGAAAGUUAUGUGGAACUAAGAAAACUUAUGAAAUGUCAAAACAAUCUUGUAGAGGAUUCACAGUUUAUCCACCUUCAACUUUUUAUCCAAUUGAUUAUAGUAUUUGGAUAGAUUUUUUCGAUAGUAAAGAGAAAAAUAAAACGAUGGAAAAAAUUGGCAAAGCUUGGGGGAUCCAUUUGUGGAAUAAACUCAGCACUUCUAGACCUAUUUAUGUUGGUGAAGAUGUUCCUUAUGCUUUAAUUGCCAGUCAGUAUUGUCCUAAAAUUUAUCACAAUUGUGGAGAUAUAUUUUAGUGAAUAUUAUCAAAGCAGUGUUUCUAUAACUUUAUAAAUAAUCAUUUUUAUAUUAACAAUUUUCUCUUUAUAUUUACCAAAUUUUUGACACUCAUAUGAUGUUAUUAAAAUAAAAAAUCUAGCCACGUAAAAAACUUUGAAUAACAAUAUUUUAUUAAAACAUUUUCAAAUUUAAUAUUCUAUGA